CCGCAGCAGACAUGAUGGCGUUGUUGAAGGGCCUGUCAGGCCUUGAGGACUACGAGAGGCACCUUUACCAGCCAUCCAUCGCCGGUACGUCGAAAGCGCAAUGCACUAAGGCCCCACUGCAGUGUGGCAUUCGCCUUCCUGCUUUUGUGUGCCCGUGUGCCAGAGGAGGAUGAAUCGCUGGACGCCGAGUCGGAUCACCCAGCCCUGCCACCGCCGAUCCGCCGAUCCCCUCCUGCCUACCAUGCCCAUCACGCCCUGCCGCGACUCGCCCCAUCGGCCACGCAUCGGCGGCCGGACUACAAUGACGAUGAGAGCUCAUCUGAGUCGGCCGACGAUGCAGAUGAUGCAGAGGAAGACACGGAUGAAGACAAUGAGUCAUUGCAGGCUGAGGGCGAGGGCAAGGAGGAGGAGGGAGAAAGCGAGGGAGACAGAGAGGCAGAGGGCAGAGACAACCAUGAUGCCCUGAUAGCUAAGGACGAGGAUAUCGACGAGACGGAGAGCGCUGUGCCAACUCCUCGGUCAGAGGAGAAUGAGUAUGAACGGCCGGAUACAAGAGCCAGGGGACGGCGUGGCGGACAACGAAGAGGCGGGCCAUCUGGGCUUGGGGGCCGGGAGACACGGGCAGUCAGCUGUGGGCAUUCGGCAGCUACCGCCGCUGCCGCUGCUGCAAAGAAGAGGGAGACGGCCGCAGCGGCCAAGAAGAAAAAGAAGAAGGUGGCCAAAAUGUGUUUCUAUCUCCAGACACACUACGACCUGAUCCGGGAUGUGUGCGAGAGCUUUCCACAUUGGAAAGAGGUCGAGAACGAAGACGACGACUGGGUGGGUGGCUGGGUGAGAGGAAUGUUUAAGGCGCCGAUGGACAGCCGCCUCUGUCUGCUGCUGCAUCUAUGCAGGAUUUGUUUUGGACGGAUGGUGCAAUCCCUGCCGACCGGCUGCUUCGUAUGAGGCCUUACCAGAAGAUCAACCACUUUGUCGGCACGUGUGCCAUAGCAAGGUUCUUCAAGACACGCAUCGGGGAUCACUGCAGAAGCGUCCAUCGUCUUUUUCCCCCUGCGUACUCAGAAAGAAUUUUCUUGGUCGGAAUUUGCUGCGGAUGAAGAAGUUCUUCCCGAAGGCGUAUCGAUAUUUCCCACAGACAUGGAUACUUCCAACAGGUGAAUAGGCGCCCUUUCCGUGGAUCCACAUCGCUCACACUCUCGCUUCUCUGUCUGUCAGACACAUCGAGCUUCAAGGCUCAGUUCUCGAAUCGUCGAAAGCCCAAGACCUUCAUUUUGAAGCCCGAGGCCAUGAGCCAAGGGAGGGGCAUCCAACUCAUACGACGGUUUGAGGAUGUCAACCUCACGGAGAGAUAUGUCGCACAGAGGUAAGGUGGUGUGUAUGUGUAUACGGGCGGGGACCAAUCGAUCGGCGCUAUGUAUGCGUGGUGGGGAUGUGUAUGCAGGUAUGUCCACAAGCCUCUCUUGGUGGACGGGCUGAAGUUCGACCUAAGGCUCUACGUGCUGCUCACGGGAUGCGACCCUCUCAGAGUGAGACACGGCACACAACCGAAAACACGGGACUGCAGUUUCCCCUCUUAUUUCCUCAGAUAUUUCUGCAUCAAGAGGGUCUUGUCCGCUUCGCCACCGAGAAGUACGCCCCGCCGAACAGCAAGAACCUCAAUCGCUGUCGGAUGCACCUGACCAACUACGCCGUCAACCGAGGAUCGGCUCACUUCGAGCAGCCUGACAGCAGACAUGAGGCUCUCUCGGGACACAAGCGGAGCCUCAAGCAGUUCAUGCAGAUUCUGGCGAGCAAAGUGAGUGAUCGAUGCCUUCCUUCACACAUCGCAUGGUGCGUGUCUCAUCCAAUUGCUGGUGUCUCUUCAGGGAUGUGACGUGCCCGGUUUGAUGGCCGAGGUCGAGGAAAUGAUCGUCAAGACGGUUGUGGCGGUGCAGCCGACUCUGGCGCACGUGUACCACAGCUGCCAGCCGCACGACAUGCCCAACCAGAUGUCAUUCGAGGUCCUCGGAUUCGACAUACUCAUCGACCACCGAUUCAAGCCAUGGCUCAUCGAGGUGAGAACACGCCGAAAAGCUGCCUCGUUCAGCUCAUCAUUCUCUUUGUUUGUUUGUUGUUUGCCAUUGGUGCAGGUGAAUCACUCUCCCUCGUUCAGUGUGGACUCGCCACUCGACCGGCACGUCAAGUUCCACGUCCUCCGCGACGCACUCGCACUCCUCAAUAUCAAACCUGAGAACAGACGCAAGUAAUUACCAACACACCGUCCAUUUGGGCACGUGUGUGGUCAUCCGUCUCGUCAGGUAUCAGGCGAGCUUGAAGGCUCAGCUUGCAUCCCGUCUGAUGCGCGGCAGAAGAAAGAACGCCACUGUGGCGGAGCGGCGGGCGGACCGCGCUGUCGCAGUGGCUCGCGUGGCUGAGCAGCGAUCACAGUGGGAAGAGGCCUACCUGCCAUACACAGGUCAGUGCCGGCCUGCCUUUCUCUCAAGGGCUCUUAACAUGCUUGUGUACUUAUUUGUCUCCAGGCUAUAAGCGCCUCUACCCCACUCCUGAGCGCGAGAAAUCCAUGGUGCCGUUCUUUGACGCCGCCUUGCAGAUAUGGGAGACACUCACUGGUGUCUCGCAGGCACACCUUCGCAGCAAUACACUGCCGAUGACGGAGAACGGCAAGGGCGACAAAAAGAAGGGCCCCAAGGCCAACGCAGAGGGAGGGGCAGGGAAGUCAAGGACGCCCACCGAGGGAAGGAAGAGCCAGGCACCGACGCACGGCCGAUCCAAGUCUGUCCACCCCGGCAGCAGCAGCGGCAAGCGGCACACUCACUUCGAUCCGGACUCUCGCAAGCGUAUUUCAUCAUCGAACCGUCGCGCCGUCCGUUGUGGGUCCUUCUCUACCCUGCCAACCACGGCCGAUCUUGGGGAGACAGAGAUCGACUACAGCCACCUCAACUACCACCCCGUCGGCACCUUCAGCAUCCCCCGCCCGUCGACCCCUCCAUCUUUCACGUCAUUUGUGAGGCCGCAGGAGUGCCUCCGCCCCAAGUCGGGGCUCGUGAGACGACAACAUGACAUGCUGACGCCUGACUGGGUGCACUGUCUCAGAGACACCACGCAGAACAGACUGCCCGAUGAGCACACCGGCAGACUAUCGGUGAUAUACCAGCGGCCAUUCGCGGAGAGGGCACAGCAGUCCAUGACGCCGCCCGACUCCCCGCACAUAUCGUCUCCCGCGAGACACCGGCAAACGCGGCCUUUGAUGCGCAUCGAGGUGCCAAGAAGGGAUGAGACGGGCAGCAGGCUGGGCGGCGUUCAUGAUGGGGUGGAGGGGAGAAGCGCACCCACCACACGCGAGCGGCAUGAACGGGAGAGGAGGAGACGAGGGCUGCGGAAGACAGACAGCCCAAUGAUCCCAGCGUUCUCGCCCGGAUGCAACCCUUUUGCAGACGUGGCCGCCAUCUACCCGCCCCCAUUCAAGGUGCGCUCCUCACUUCUCGCCCAGCCUCCCCCACACCUCCCCUUCCCAUUCGGUCCCAGCCCCGCCUCAAUCACAACAGCCGACAGAAGAGACGAAGCCAAUGACAACACCGCUCAAGUCGACACCGAGUCGCUGUUCGUACAGGGUGGGGGAUAUAGGAAAAGGGUCGCGGUUGCACGCCAGGUUGCGUCACCCCCCCUGUCGUGCAAAGGCAGGAGGGUUCAGGCAAAGGACGGGCAGAGGGCCAAGGGAAGCCCCGUGCAGCGGUGGGUGCCGGAGAUGAGCCGGCCCAUGUGUGAUGACGAGACAUCUGUGCUGGGACUGUUUGCGCGGGAGGGGCAUUGCUAGGGAGGGCUGUGUGUGAAGGUAUGCGUGCGUCUGUCUGCGUGUGAAAGGAUACGCUGACGUGACUGACUGGGUGCAGCCAGCGAUGCUUACAGAGAGAGGGUUGUGCUCUUUCUGUUGCUGUCUGUGCAUUUAUUGUUUUGCGUGCAUUCAGUCGUCCUGCAGUCCAUUUGUUCAUUCAUUGCAAGAAGGUCCUUGCAACCGAUACGAUAUGCAUACAAGUACAUCAUGUGUCAGUACGUCUGAAUGCAG